GUCGUGCGGUGUCAUAUACAUAUAGCGAACAACGAGACAACGCGACUUGGAUCACAAUUUGGUAAAAUUGAGAAAUUAAUAUCAUAAAACCAAUUGUUAGCAUUUUAGUAUCUUGCCACAAUCAAUACAGCGUGCUAUUGAUAAUAGAAGCCGUAUAGGGGAAAAAGAUUGGAUAAAGAAAAUUUCAAUCUGUUGAAUCUUAUUAAAAUUCGCCAAAAAAGUAUCCAUGAUGUAUUUUGCUUGGAUGAAGCAAAUUAUAAAGCGAAUAUUCCGUUCGUUAUAUUUAUACAUAGCUAUUUUUUUUUUCAUCUCAUGCAUGUCAGUUCAUAUGAUAUUAGGACCGACCAGAGAUAAUCAUACUGCAAUAAAUGGAAAAGAAUACAAAGACAAUAAUAAAUGGAUAUAUAGUUCGGAUAAAAAAGAAGAAACAGUACUAUCCACCAAAAGCUUUGAAGAUUUGAAUAUUUCCGAUACAUAUUUUGAUACAAGUGUUACAAUUGUAAUAAUUGUUAUAAUAAUAUCAAUUGCAGCUCUGUUGAUAUAUAUCUGUUAUGUAUGCAGAAAAAUUGUCUUUCCCACUCUCCGUGUCGAACCAGUUGUCGUUAGGCGCGAUAUGCCAGUCCAUUUUCGAAACAAUAGAACUGUGUUGGGAUCAGGUGAACACUUAUCAGAUGAAAAUAAUUCGGAAAAUUAACAUUGAUGUUUGACGCAUUGCCGCAAUUCACAUAACAGUGAAAUUGGUAAGGUCUUUCAAGUACAAUAUAAAGCUCGAUUCUCAACUUCAAAUUGUCUAGACAACGCGUAUAUUGUUAUACAUGAUUAAUU